AUGGCUACCACCAACGAUCUUCCCGCUGUCGAUGUUAACAGCUAUGAUUACAUUGUCGUCGGUGGCGGUACCGCCGGCUGUGUGAUCGCUGCCCGUCUGGCCGAGUAUCUUCCUAACAAGCGUACUCUGGUCAUUGAGGGUGGUCCCAGUGAUUUUAUGGAUGAUCGUGUCCUGAACCUAAAGGAAUGGUUGAACCUGCUCGGCGGUGAGCUGGAUUACGACUACGGCACCACUGAACAGCCAAUGGGUAACAGCCAUAUCCGCCACUCCCGCGCAAAGGUCCUAGGUGGUUGCUCCAGCCACAACACUCUCAUCUCGUUCCGUCCUUUCGAAUAUGAUUGCCGCAACUGGGUGUCCAAGGGCUGCAAGGGUUGGGACUUUGAGACCUUCACCCGUAUCAUUGACAACCUGCGCAACACCGUGCAGCCCGUCCACGCCCGUCACCGUAACCAGCUUUGCAAGGACUGGGUUCAGGCUUGCUCCAGCGCCAUGAACAUCCCCGUCAUUGAGAACUUCAACGACGACAUUCGCAAGACCGGUGAGCUGUCCGAGGGUGUUGGUUUCUUCAACGUUUCCUACAACCCGGACGAUGGCCGCCGAAGCAGUGCCUCUGUCGCUUACAUUCAUCCCAUCCUCCGUGGCGAUGAGAAGCGUCCCAACCUGACUAUCUUGACCAACGCUUGGGUUUCCAAGGUCAACGUCGAGGGUGACACCGUGACCGGUGUUAACGUCACUCUCCAGUCUGGUGAGAAGCACACUCUGCGCGCCAAGAAGGAGACCGUUCUGUGCGCCGGCGCUGUCGACACUCCCCGUCUGAUGAUGCUCUCUGGUAUGGGUCCCCGUGAGCAGCUAUCCGCGCUCGGCAUCCCCGUCGUGAAAGAUCUCCCCGGUGUCGGUGAGAACCUGCUCGACCACCCCGAGAGUAUCAUUAUGUGGGAGCUCAACCAGCCCGUGCCCCCGAACCAGACUACCAUGGACUCUGACGCUGGAAUCUUCCUCCGUCGCGAGCUGCCCAACGCCGCCGGCUUCGACGGUAAGAUCGCCGAUGUGAUGAUGCACUGCUACCAGAUCCCCUUCACCCUCAACACCACUCGUCUCGGCUACGAUGAGCCCGUGAACGCCUUCUGCAUGACCCCCAAUAUCCCCCGUCCCCGCUCCCGUGGUCGUCUCUUCCUGACCUCCGCCGACCCCUCCGUGAAGCCCUCCCUGGACUUCCGCUACUUCACCGAUCCCGAGGGCUACGACGCCGCCACUAUCGUGGCCGGUCUCAAGGCCGCCCGGGAGAUCGCCCAGCAAUCUCCUUUCAAGGAAUGGAUCAAGCGCGAGGUCGCCCCAGGCCCCAAGAUCCAGACCGACGAGGAGCUGUCCGAGUACGGCCGCCGCGUCGCCCACACCGUGUACCACCCCGCUGGUACCACUAAGAUGGGUGACGUGCGCAGCGACCCCAUGGCCGUUGUGGACCCCGCACUGAAGGUUCGCGGUCUCAAGGGUAUCCGUAUUGCCGAUGCCGGUGUCUUCCCAGACAUGCCUAGCAUCAACCCCAUGCUCACUGUUUUGACCAUUGGUGAGCGCGCCGCUGAGCUGAUUGCCGGUGAGGCUGGCUGGGCUCGCAACCAGCCCCGUCUGUAG